AUGUGUGUGCCCCCCGUACGUGUGUGUGUGUGCGUGUGCGUGCGGCGGCCGUGCGCGACCGCGGCUCGGGGCACCCACCGCCCGCCCCGCGGCGGCACCGGCACCUGCCCGGGGAGCCGGGGAGGCGGCGGGGGUAGGCAGCCCGACGCGGGGGAACGGGAGGGGAAGCGGGGCAGCUCGGUGCGGGCAUCGGCGGGGAGGGCAGACCGAGCGGAGAAGCGGGAGCGGAGCCCGCGGAGCAUCCCGUCCCGCUUCCACCGCUCACCUUCGGCCGCGCAGGCCGGCGGCGGUUCCAUGGCGUCCCCGCGGGCGGCGGAGCUGCGGAGCCCGGACGAGGCGGCGGCGGGUGCGGGGGCCGGUGCGGGCGCGGGGGGGCCGGUGCCGGCGGGCCCGGGGCUGGCUCUGGCGCUGGGCUGCGCUCUGGGCGGCGCGGCGCUGGUGGUGCUGGCGGGGGCCGUUCCGCGGGCGGCGCGGCCCGACCCCGCCGUGCCGGCGCGGCAGAUGGAGCGGCUGGAGGCUCGGGCAGCCCGGCUCCGCGCCCGCCUCGACCGCUGCACCGUGGCCGGGCUGGCGCUGCUGGCCCUGGGCGGGCUCCUGCUCGCCGCCCUGCUGCUGGCCGCCGCCGCCGCCCGCCGCCGCGCCCGGGCCGCCCGCCGCACCGGGGGCACGUAUGGCUCGGUACGGCUGCGGCUGCGGAGGCUGUCAGCUGAGGGGACGCGGGCGCUGCUCGAGAGCCAGCUGAGCCCCCCAGCCCAGCCCCCCGAGGGGCCCGGCUCCUAG